AUGGUGAAGAAACUGACUUCCAAGAACGUUGUCCACAACGCUCUCCCUACCCUCCUCAUCGAAGAUGAUCACACAGCAUCAUCUGCCUUGAAGAAAUCCACCUUUAUUGGCCCUCUACGGGAGUGGACAAGCUUCCUAGGCUCUGUCUGGGGUCUCACAAACGUUGAACAGUGGUCGAAAAAGGUCGUCGACCACAAUCUUGCGACUCGAGACCUGCAUCGCGAGCUCAUCUCCAUGGGCGACGAACAUGGCGUCCAGGGCCGCUUCCAGCAAUCGUUUGGUGAUUUCAAGGCAGCAGGGGUACAGUACAACCUGGUGCCUGACUUUGCAUUGAUCUCAACCGACCCCGCGACCACCUACAAGCUUAAGGCUAUCGGCGAAAUGAAAACCCCAUGGGUGGAAGCACACAAUUUCCAGAACUACGAUGGUGAUGAACUGGCAAUGCGAAAACUCCUGGCCCAGCCAGUAGGCUAUAUGUUAGACCUUCGCAUUAUGUACGGCUGGAUAACAAACUACCAGCAGACCAUAUUCCUGCGACAGACUAUGGUGGGAAAUACCUGGGGAAUUGAGUAUUCACCCAUCGUGAAGUCGACGACACACGCGGACCCACUGGAGAUGGGGCCUCCUUCGACGAAGCAAUGCUUCUUUUUCCUGGCGAGCGUAGCAGCUGGUCAGGGUCGUGUACCGAACUACACGCCUAGGAACCAGUGGAUCUCUAUCUAG